AUAGAGGUAAUCUUGGCUAGUAGAUAGUUUCUCGACACAGAUCAGCUGAAAAACAAAAAUAAAUAAAAAAUGAGUGAAAGUGACAGAAUUUCCAGUUAUAUGUUAGGAUUGAUGCAACAAUAUAAAGUACUGAGAGGAAAGAACAAGGACAGUGGACCGCGACCGUUCUGGGACGUUGUUGUGAUUACAACGCUGGACGAAGCUCAGCGGAUGGCAUUUCAACUCCAGAUUGAUGAGAAGCACAGGAGAAAUGAACUUCCUCUUGACCUGCCAAUACUCAUCAUUACAGAUCCGCCAGGGAUACGCAUUGGUAACGGUGGAUCAACGCUAAUUGCUCUAACCUACCUGGAGAAAGAGUAUGGUGACAAGUUGUCUAAUAAGAAGGUUCUCCUCAUCCAUGCAGGGGGGUGGAGUCAGAGGAUGCCGAGUGCAAGUGCCUUGGGUAAAAUCUUCUCAGCCCUGCCUCAUGGACAACCCAUAUACCAAAUGUUGGACUUCAAACUUGCUCUGUACUGGCCGUUUGUGUCCAAGAUGGAGCCAGGUGUUUUGCUGACAUGUGCAGAUGACUUUUUGGUUUUUGAUCUUGGAAAAGAUUCUGACUGGUCAUUCCCGGCGAAUGGCUUCACUGCUUUGGCUCAUCCUUCCCCAAUGGCCGUAGGGAGAACUCAUGGAGUUUAUGUUUUAGCAAACCCGGAUAUCCUAGAUAAACAAAAGCCUGUUGUAAUUGCUGAAUGUCUGGAAGUUCUACAAAAGCCAUCUGAUGAAAGAAUGAGAAACCGAGGAGCCAUUUUGUCAGGAAAGAAGCAUGUUUUUGCUGGUGGCAUAGAGCUAGAUGGGGAUGUUGUCUACACAGACAGCUGUUUCUAUUUUGGAUCUGAUGUGGUUAAAAAGUUGAUAGAUCUGAAGAAAGAACUCGGAUCCACUGAGCAUGAGAUAGAUGCAUAUGGUGAUUUCAUGCAGGCAGUAGGCCUGAGGGCAUCAAGUGACUACAUCCAUCUGACAUCAAACAUCAGUCAGGUGACCCCUGGCCUGCUGCAGACCAGGCAGCAGGUAUUUGAUCAUCUCAAGGGAACAGACAUCCACUUGCUGAUACUAAAUGCCUCAAAGUUCAUCCACAUUGGCACAACGAAGGAAUACAUAUACCACCUGUGUCAUGACAAACAGUUCCAAAGUCAGAUGGCAUUUUCCAAAGAUGUCUUCAACCUGUGGACAGAAGUGCAUACAGCAAAGCGACCAAAGGUUGAUGCCAGAGAUGGGUGUGUGAUGCAUUCUGUUCUGCCUUCCACCAGCACGGUCAGCUCCAGUGCAGUCAUCGAAUACUGUCACUUUGAUGUCCGUCUUGUUACAGGGGACAACACCAUCACCAGUAACUGUCAGUACCUUUCAGACAUGUCCAAACACUGCACUGAGGUGAUUACUAUUCCCGAAGACUGUUUUCUGCACACAGUGCCAAUUUCGGUUGAUGGGGUCACAAAAUAUGUGACAGUUUUCUUCCACGUGGAUAAUGAUCUGAAGAAAUCCGUAAGCAUCGAUAAAGUGAGAGAUAUUCCUUUUCUGACCAUGACAUUACAGAGAUUCUGUGAUCUGCUUGGUUGGAAAGUUGAUGACCUGUCCAAGGAACAGAAUGGCGCCAAGAUAAACCUGUGGAUGUUGAAACUGUUUCCAGCUCUAGAGUCCAUGACCACUUCCUUCCAUCAAUCCCUGUCCAUGCUGCAGACGACACUGACACAAGCUGAUGGCCCGCGUCCAGCCGUCUGUAGCUCCCCACUGUAUGCAAUGGCGGACUUGCUCAGGAUGAAAGAUGUAUCUGCAAUGCUCAGAUACAGACAUGACCUUUUCGAGAUGAUUGAGACAGGUGUGAAAAUAUGUUAGAGUUUUGUGGAUCUGAUAUUUAUUUUGGGUAGACAUGGAAUCUGCAGUCCUGAAUCUACUGUGUGUGAGUUGAUAAAUAUGUUUUGGUUUUGUGGGUCUGAUGUUUUUGUGGGUCUGAUGUUUAUUUUGGAUAGAAAUGCAAUCUACAGUCCUGAAUCCACUGUGUGUGAGUGGAUGAAUAUGUUUUGGUUGAGUAAGAGUGAGUGAGUGAACGAGUGAGUGAGUGAGUGAGAUUUAGGUGGGUGAUAGUCAUAUUCUGUUCAUAAUCUUGAUUCUGACCAUUCAUAGUUAUAAUGUGGGUUUGGUAAUUUGCUCCUCUUCUGUUUUCAUUAUUUCUUAAUGACAUUGAAGAUACUUUCAAAGCGCAUGGCUGCAGUGGACUUAGUCUUGAGAAAACCAUAUCUGACGAUGUACUACAUUUGUGUACUGUUUUAUUUGUUUUAUUAUAUGCCGAUGAGAUGGUACUCCUCGCAGACAAUUAUGAUCAUAUGCAACAUUUACUAGAUGUCUUUGAUGUGUAUAGUAGUACAUGGAAAUUAACUGUCAAUUGCACGAAGACUAAGGUUUUAAUUUUUAGUGGGAGCAAGGACUAUAAAAAACUAUUUAAUUUAGGAAAGAUAAUUUUAGAGAAUGUAGAAAUCUGCAAGUACCUUGGGGAUAAUUUUUCAUAAGUCUAACAAGUUUACUAAUACUAGAAAAGCUUUGUUUUCACAAGCCGAAAAAGCCAUGUAUUUUAUCUUAAAACAAGGAAGACGGUAUGACCUUUCUGUACAAGUCCUUUUGAAAUUGUUUGAUUGUAUGGUACAACCUAUUUUGUUAUAUGGUUGCGAGAUUUGGGGUUUUGAAAACUGUCUUAUUUAGAAACGUUACAAAAUAAAUUCAUGAAGUUUCUGUUGUCAGUUAAGAAGUCAACGCCUGUGAAUAUGUUAUAUGGAGAACUGGGGCGUUACCCAGUCUCCCUUGAUGUCAAAUUAAGAAUGAUCACUUUUUGGUUUAAACUAAUAACUGGAAAACACACAAAGUUAUCAUUCUUGAUAUAUGAAUUAUUGCUGAAUGAUUAUAAAAAUGGAAUAUGUGAUCAUAAAUGGUCAAAGUUUAUCAAAUCUGUUUUGGAUGACGUUGGAUAUAGCAAUGUAUGGAUUGCACAGUGUAACCAGCUACCAGAUGUAAAUCUGUUAAAACAAAGAAUUCUUUUAAGAUUACAGGAUCAGUUCUUACAAACAUGGAACAAUGAAAUUGUUAAUUCAUCUAAAGCAUCUUGUUACAGACUGUUUAAAUCAAAUAUUGUGUUUGAGACAUAUUUAACCAAUUUAGAGAAAAAAUAUUGGUUACCACUAUUACAUUUUCGACUCUCAAAUCAUUAUCUUCCCAUUGAAAAAGGCAGAUGCAAAAAAAUAACUUUAACAAAUAGAACAUGCUUUCUGUGUACAAAUAACGAAAUUGGUGAUGAAUUUCAUUAUAUAAUGUGUUGUCCUUUUUUUAAAGAUGAAAGAACAAGACUUCUGCCAAAGUGUUGCCAGUCUAGUCCAAAUGUUUAUAAAUUUAGAAUGCUAUUUGACAGUAAAAAAACUUGUGUU